ACGUCAUUGAAAGUGCCGUGUAGUUUGAGGCCACCAAGAGGGUAAAGUGCACUCGGGGCCGAGGAAGGCCUGCUCUCUGUUUAUCAGGCUCAGCCAGCAGUCAGCAGCAUCGCAGAACAGUUUAUCUUAAUCUUGGGAGCUUGGACUUCGGUGGAACCCUCUGUUUACGGUCUUGUACUAACGCAAAAAGAUGGCUCGUAGAGUUUUUGUUGUUGGUGUGGGAAUGACCAAGUUUGAAAAGCCUGGUCGCCGACCUAACUUUGAUUAUCCUGACAUGGCCAAAGAAUCAGGAACAAAAGCUUUGCAAGAUGCAGGAAUUCGAUAUGAUCAAGUUGAACAAGCUUGCUGUGGCUAUGUGUAUGGUGAUACAACUUGUGGACAGAGAGCGCUCUACCAAUUGGGAUUUACAGGCAUUCCAAUCUACAACGUGAACAAUGCCUGUUCAACAGGAUCAACAGCUCUUUUUAUGGCACGUAACCUUGUUGCAGGAGGACUGGCUGACUGUGUCAUGGCUAUGGGAUUUGAAAAAAUGGAAAAAGGAUCUUUGACCAUGAAGUAUACAGACAGAACAAAUCCUAUGGACAAGCACGUAGAGGUGAUGUUAGAAGGACACGGCUAUUCAAAGGCUCCCUUUGCCCCACAAAUGUUUGGAAAUGCUGGGAGAGAGCACAUGGAGAAAUAUGGUACAAAGCCUGAAACAUUUGCCAAAAUUGCCUGGAAAAACCACAAGCAUUCCACAAAUAAUCCGUACUCUCAAUUUCAGACAGAGUACAGCCUUGAGGAUAUCAUGAAGUCUCCUGAAGUUCACUCUCCUCUGACCAAGCUGCAGUGCUGCCCUACUUCUGAUGGGUCUGCCUGUGCUAUCCUGGCCAGCGAAGACUUUGUGAAAAAAAAUAACCUGAUUAGUCAGGCUGUAGAGAUUGUUGCCAUGGGCCUUGGAACUGAUUUGCCCAGUGUAUUUAAAGACAGAAACUGCAUAAAAAUGAUCGGCUUCGACAUGGCAAAAAAUACUGCACAAAGAGUUUUCAAGGAUGCAGGUCUUACUCCAGAUGAUGUCCAAGUUGUGGAACUGCAUGACUGUUUCUCUGCCAAUGAGCUUCUCACUUAUGAAGCCCUGGGACUGUGUGGACCAGGUGAGGCAGAGACGUUCGUCAACAAGGGAGACAAUACAUAUGGAGGGAAAUAUGUUGUCAACCCAAGCGGUGGCCUCAUCUCUAAGGGACACCCACUGGGAGCCACAGGUUUGGCCCAGUGUGCAGAGCUUUGUUGGCAGUUGAGAGGAAUGGCUGGUAAAAGACAGGUACCAAAGGCUAAGGUAGCCCUGCAGCACAACCUGGGCUUGGGUGGAGCUUGUGUCAUUUCUCUGUACAGACAUGGCUUCCCAGAGGAGGCAGGUCAGCAGAUCCAAGCCGCUGCUGCAAGUUCUUCUACGGAGAAAGACUUCAAGUCAUCAGCAGUUUUUACAGAAGUCAAGAAGGCGCUUGACCAGGAUGGUGCAAACCUUGUGAAAAAGAUCAAAGGUGUCUAUUGUUUCAAGGUCAAGGGAGCUGAUGGAAAAGAGGGUGUUUGGGUUGUUGACGUCAAGAAUGGCAACGGUGCUGUCAAAUUUGAUGCUACAGAUAAAGCUGACACCACUAUCAUCAUGAAAGAUGAUGACCUUGUGCAACUGAUGACUGGAAAACUGAACCCCCAAAACGCUUUCUUCCAAGGAAAGCUGAAGAUCACAGGCAACAUGGCUCUGGCAAUGAAGUUGAAAGACAUCCAGCCCAAGUCUUCGGCAAGAUUGUAAAAGAGAUUGACUGUUUUCCUGUUCAAUGGUUUGGCUGUGUUUGAGGAGGGGGUUGGGCGGUUGGUGAUAUUAUUUUGGAUCAAGUGAUUUUAUGAUUUUCUUCAGUAUUUUUAAAACAAGAGAAAUUAAGUUAUGCAGGUUUUUUCCAGGAAAACAAGAAGUCGCUCACUCGUCAUUGUGUCGGACUGAGCAGAUGUUUUGUUUGUGCUUUGUGAACUUUUACCAUUAUGAUAUGUUUGUAUUGUUUCAUUGAUAUUCUACACUUGAAAAUGAAUAAAUUGUAACUCAGGGUCCUUGAUUUUGUUUGACUCAUGCACCAUUUCUGAUAAAACUCAAGCUGUCUCUCACGGGCGGCACCACAAACAAGCUACUGCAAAUUUUUACUUUUGUCUGUUAUGAUUUCAAAAUGUUACAGCGCUGGGUUUCGACCAUUUUUUCAAUUCAAAGGGUAUUCGGUCACCAAUAGCUGAGCUAUCUUUGAAUGAAAAUUGUCAGGAUGACAUAAAAAUAAAUAGAAGAAAAUGAAUUCUUUUCUUUGUCAUGUGACUAUGUACAUAACAUCACUUGUCAAUAGAUUUGUUCCUCAGAAUUAUUGUAAUCCUCAUCAGAGCAACAGAUUUAUUAUUCUAGAUUUUUCAAGCAAGUGAUUUUUAUUUUAUUUGAGUAGGUAAUGGUUUCUGCAUUAUAUGCUCUCGUAGCAUAAUGCCCAUGCUGUCAAUGUACAAUCAUAAAUGCCUGAUAAGUAUUAAAUAUAAAGUGUAGAAGUAGAAAAAAACAUGGGCAGCAUAUUUUCAUUUAUAGAUUUUUCGUUGCUCAUGUUCCAAUAAUAGCCCACUAAUUAUUAUUGCUAUUAUUAUUAUAGGUGCUUGCCUUUCUUUGCUUGGGUGAUCUGAUAUUUCUCUUUCGCUUUUGUCAGAAUGGAAAAAGAACAAGAUUCUAACACAUGUGUACACAUAGGUUCUGUCGAACCCUUUGAUGAAUUCAGUUUCUGCUGAAUUUGCCAAAAAAUUUGUCUACAAAUCAAGAAGUGACAGCUCAAUUAUUCCUUGCCUUUUUCGCCUUCUUUACAAUUUUGAGCCAACAUUUCCAUGAUAGAUUUUAAAGCGCUAUACUUGCAUAUUCGUGCAAUGAGAUUGAUUAAUUAAUGUCAACAAUUUUGAAUUCUUUCUUGUACUUGUACUCAGAAAAGCAUAAAAUUAAAUUUUUUAAUGUAA